AUGACGCCUGUACGUGGGUGUGAGAGUGUAGCUGAAGAUCGGACACCUGUACGUGGGUGUGAGAGUGUAGCUGAAGAUCGGACACCUGUACGUGGGUGUGAGAGUGUAGCUGAAGAUCGGACACCUGUACGUGGGUGUGAGAGUGUAGCUGAAGAUCGGACGCCUGUACGUGGGUGUGAGAGUGUAGCUGAAGAUCGGACGCCUGUACGUGGGUGUGAGAGUGUAGCUGAAGAUCGGACACCUAGUGUAGCUGAAGAUCUGACGCCUGUACGUGGGUGUGAGAGUGUAGCUGAAGAUCGGACGCCUGUACGUGAGUGUGAGAGUGUAGCUGAAGAUCGGACGCCUGUACGUGGGUGUGAGAGUGUAGCUGAAGAUCUGACGCCUGUACGUGGGUGUGAGAAUGUAGCUGAAGAUCUGACGCCUGUACGUGGGUGUGAGAGUGUAGCUGAAGAUCGGACGCCUGUACGUGGGUGUGAGAGUGUAGCUGAAGAUCGGACACCUGUACGUGGGUGUGAGAGUGUAGCUGAAGAUCGGACGCCUGUACGUGGGUGUGAGAGUGUAGCUGAAGAUCGGACACCUAGUGUAGCUGAAGAUCGGACGCCUGUACGUGGGUGUGAGAGUGUAGCUGAAGAUCGGACGCCUGUACGUGGGUGUGAGAGUGCAGCUGAAGAUCGGACACCUGUACGUGGGUGUGAGAGUGUAGCUGAAGAUCGGACGCCUGUACGUGGGUGUGAGAGUGUAGCUGAAGAUCGGACACCUGUACGUGGGUGUGAGAGUGUAGCUGAAGAUCGGACACCUGUACGUGGGUGUGAGAGUGCAGCUGAAGAUCGGACACCUGUACGUGGGUGUGAGAGUGUAGCUGAAGAUCGGACGCCUGUACGUGGGUGUGAGAGUGUAGCUGAGAUCGGACGCCUGUACGUGGGUGUGAGAGUGUAG